GCCUCACAAUUUCCGGUGGCGUAUCUCGGCUGUGUUUGCGUGCGAAUGGGCUGCGGGAGGGUCUCAAGGGUCCGGCGCCCGCCAUGGGAAUGAGCUUGUUCGACCUCUUCCGGGGCUUUUUCGGCUUUUCUGGACUUCGGAGCCACAGGGAUCCCUUUUUUGGAGGGAUGACUCGAGAUGAAGAUGAGGAUGAUGAGGACGAGGAAGAAGGAGCCACAUGGGGUCCUGGGAGCUCGAGUUUUGGUGGUUCUCAGUCCCCAGAGGAAUUUGGCUUCAGCUUCAGCCCAAGAGGAGGGAUACGUUUCUAUGAUAACUUCGGCUUCGAUGAACUCGUUCGCGAUUUCAAUAGCAUCUUCGGCGAGAUGGGAGCCUGGACCUUGCCUUCCCGCCCUCCUGAACUUCCAGGUCCUGAAUCAGAGACAGCUGGUGAGAGACUGCGGGAGGGGCAGACGCUUCGGGACUCAAUGCUUAAAUACCCAGAUAGUCAUCAGCCUAAGACCUUUGGGGGGGUCUUGGAGAGUGAUACAAGAACUGAAACCUCCAAACCAGCACCAGACUGGGGGUCCCCGAGACCUUUUCAUAGGUUCGAUGAUAUGUGGCCUGUGACUCCCCAUCCUAGAGCCAGAGAGGACAAUGAUCUUGAUUCCCAGGUUUCCCAGGAAGGUCUUGGUCCUGUUCUGCAGCCUCAGCCCAAGUCCUACUUCAAGAGUAUCUCUGUGACCAAGAUCACAAAACCAGAUGGGAAAGUGGAAGAGCACCGGACUAUAGUGGACAGUGAGGGUCGGAGGGAGACCACAAUAACUCACCAAGAAGCAGAUGGCAGCCUUAGAGUUGAUCCAGAAUCACCAAGACCUCCAGCCUUAGAUGAUGCCUUUUCCAUCCUUGAUUUAUUUCUAGGACGUUGGUUCGGGCCCCGUUAGCUUUGUUAACCUUCAGAAGCCUUCAUAUCCUUUUCACUGCCCACUGUCAAUAAGUUUAGCUGUUUCUGUCACCUUAAGGGCCGGAGUGUGUACAACAGUAGGUUGGGGGUAUGUCAGUCUGUCAUUCACCCAAACUGACCAAUAAAACCUUUAUUUAUGCUAAA